UCUUCAUGUGCAGCACGGAGAGUGUGGAAGAACUACCUUCCUGCGGUCAACGGCGUGGUUUUCCUGGUGGAUUGUGCGGAUCACGAGCGUCUGGCCGAAUCAAAGCUGGAGCUGGAUGCUCUGCUGUCAGACGAGACCAUCUCCAGUGUUCCCGUGCUGGUUUUGGGGAAUAAGAUCGACCGUCAGGAGGCCGUGAGCGAGAUCAGACUGCGAGAGGUGUUCGCUCUGGACGGACAGAACACUGGGAAGGUCAGCGCCAGCCAAUCACAGACACACGACCA